AUGGAAGCGAAACCACAUGAUGGGUGUUCUGUAACCAUACCGCUACUGCUUGGCAAUGAUGAGAAGCAGCAUGAGCUUAGUUUGGAAGAAGCUGAGGGAGUGGAUUCAAUAGGUUGCCACUCCAUUACAGGCACAACCUCCUUCUUCAAGACCUGUUUUAAUGGUCUCAACGCUUUAUCAGGAGUUGGAAUAUUAUCGGUACCAUAUGCAUUAGCAUCAGGAGGGUGGUUAAGCUUGAUACUUCUUCUUAUUAUUGCCAGCACAUCCUUCUACACAGGCUUGUUAAUUCAAAGGUGUAUGGAUAUAGAUCCAUCUAUAAGAAGCUAUCCUGAUAUCGGCGAACGAGCAUUUGACGUGGGAGUUCUCGAAAUUUUCGGGCUUAGAAUUGGUGGAAGACAAUGCUUUGUUCUAAUUGUUAGCCUCAUUAUACUCCCAACUGUUUGGUUAAACAGCAUAAGCUUUCUCUCAUAUAUCUCUGCCACUGGAGUUUUAGCUUCUUUCCUCAUCCUCGGUUCAAUUUUGUGGGCUGGCGUGUUUGAUGGCAUUGGAUUUCAAGAAAAUGGAACGCUUCUGAAUUGGAAUGAAAUACCUACCUCUGUUAGCCUAUACGCGUUUUGUUAUUGUGCUCAUCCGGUUUUCCCCACCCUAUACACGUCUAUGAGAAAUCCGAAACUCUUCUCUAAGGUCUUGCUCCUAUGCUUUCUGUUGUGUACCAUUACGUACGCAUCAAUGGCAGUUUUUGGGUACCUAAUGUUUGGUUCAGAGGUAGAGUCACAAGUAACAUUAAACCUUCCAACCGAGAAAAUUAGCUCAAGAGUGGCAAUUUACACCAGCCUGCUGAAUCCCAUUUCAAAAUAUGCAUUGAUGGUUAUGCCAAUUGUCCAUGCUGCUGAAAAUCGAUUGAGAUCUUGUUGCAAUAGAAGAUGGUUGAGCUUUGUGAUCAGCACCACCAUGGUGAUCAGCAGCGUCGUUGUAGCGUUGGCCAUCCCCUUUUUUGGGCUUCUCAUGACACUUGUUGGAGCACUUUUGAGUGUCACAGGUUCAAUUUUGCUUCCGUGUAUGUGCUAUUUGAAGAUUUCUGGUACUUAUCAAGAAUUUGGAUUUGAAUUGGUGUUGAUAUGUGGAAUUGUAGUUAUGGGCCUCUUGAUUGGAAUCACCGGCUCUUACACGUCUUUAGUACAAAUAAUAGAACACUUGUAAAGAUUGUGGCUUUGUAUCCAGUUUUCAAUAAAUUUUGUUUUAUAAUUUGUUAUCAUUUUUG